AUGAGCGUUCUAGGCUUCCCGUGGCAGGCUCUGAGAUGUGAACAAGUACAAUUGAGUAUUGUCAAAGUAUCGUUAAGCAACGAAGAUGAUAGUUAUCGGAUUGUGGCUAACUUAGUGGACUGUACCGUUACAAAGAUAGAGACAAAGACAAGCAAUAUAGUCCCACAUCAAUUCACAUAUAUACAGAAUGAUGAAGUACCAGACCAAUCAGGAUCGGGAUCAGGAUUUGCUUCUGCAUCCGCUACAGCUUCCUCACCAGUGGUGCUUCAAGUGCCUUAUGAGUAUCAGACUAUUAAGUUUCAUGUGACAUUCGAGUACCUUCCCCCACACGGUUCCAUACUUAUCCUUAAGAAACACAGUAAACAACACGGCGAUACAACAUUUGCCAGCUUACAUCAAACGCUAGUUAGUGGAGAUGUUAUUGAGAGCGAAUUGUCUCGUAUAGCCCUUUCCAAACUCACUACUAGCUCCAAAUCAGUGGUUUUAAGUGAUAGUUUUGAUGACCUUGAAUCAGGGAUGACAUCGAUAUCGUUAUGGUACUAUUCUAACACUGAAGAUUACAUUCCGUUGUUUAGAAGCAAAGUGUAUUUUGUGGGUACUGCUUCCCCCACAGUUACAGCUGCCUCCCCUGCAGUUACAGCUCCUCCUGUUGCAGCUGCGUCUGCUGCACCCAUCAAGAACAUUGCAUUCACGUUGUCGCAAUAUAGACGAGCUUUUGGCUUCAAUAUCGAAGAUGGACCCGAGCUAAGAAAGACGUUAAAAGCCUAUGAAGAUUCAUCCGCUGACGUGAAGAAGGUAUUCUCCCAUUUACAUGAAGAAUUAAAGUCGUUGGAAAAUACUAUGAAGAAGCUCAGAUUGAACAAACAAAAAAUAUGUGAUACCUUUAAAACAUUCAUUAGUCAUCAUGGCAACCCUAUUUUGAAGAGGCUUUCAUUUGAAAAGGAAUUUGAAGCCAAAUUUCUAUCGAUGUUUGAGUUAUUUGAAGCCAACAUUCAAUUCUUUCUUAGUAGCAUAAUGGAAGUUAAAGAAGUUCAAAAGCUAAUUAUGGACGAAACGUAUUUUUCCCAAAGUGAGUCUUUAAAGAAGACAUUUGAAGGGAAUUCUAAAGAUUAUUAUAGUUGGUUGAAAGUAUAUCUUACUAAUGAAAAGGAUAAACCUGAAUCCAAAUUAUUAAUUAAAAGAAAAACUUUUGUUAGUUCCAACUUUGAUUAUUUGGAUCACUUAAUAUCUCCAAUUUCCAAUCCUAUUUUUCUAAGAAUUUUAGGCAGUUUAUUUGCGUUUACCGGUGGUGAUGAAGAUUUCGACAAGACUGCUAUAGAUAAUGCUUUGGAAAAGAAACCAUUACAAAAACCUUCAAACUCAAAGUACUACAUUUAUAUUAACGUGGCAUCCCAGUUUCUAAGUGAACGAUUGCAAUUUAGGAAAAUGAUUUCCAAAUGCAAGAAUAAUGAACAAUUAACAAACCUAAUUAGUCAUUAUCUGUUGAAUAACUUCCCACAAGAAACCAUAAUCAUUACCCCAUCAAAUUUGGAUUUGGUAUUCAAAGAUUUCACCCAUAACCCCAAUGAUGAACCAUCACAUCAAUUGACAGACAACCAAGGAGGAAGAGAUACAAGCAUCUCGGACAGCGAAAUGUCAGGUAUACUAUACAAAUUAGGUGGUAAGGGUAAACCUGGUUGGCAUAAAGAAUUGGUUAUUUUGAAAGAUGCUUUGCUUUCAGAAUACUCUGAUUGGAGGAAAGCCAAGAUUCCCAGUAGUCCACCUAUUGAGAUAGUUCUUGCAAAUGUUAAACCUGUGGUUUACGAAAAGAGACAGAAUUGCUUUGAAUUAAUAACUCCAAGCGGUCACAAACACAUUUUCCAAGCCAUUAAUGAAGAUGACUUAAAUAAAUGGUUAAAGGCAAUAGCCAAUGCCAAAUCCAUGAAUACUUCAAAGUUUGCAUUGUUGCACGGUUCCGAUCCAUCUCCUAGUUCCAUACAACACAAUCAUAAUAAUAGGAAGGAAAUAACCUAUGCCCAUCGUCUUAAGUUGAAUACCAAUGUUGCCGAGGGAACAGGAGCAUCUGCGUCGCCGACUUCAUUCAAAUCAUCGCCUGUGACAAAAAACUACUUAUCAAAUGUUAGACUGGUUCCGGAUGGGAACAAUUCAUAUUGUGUUGAUUGUAAUUCCAAGGAAUCUGUUGAGUGGGUGUCGAUUAAUUUAUUAUGCUGUUUCUGUAUACGAUGCUCAUCUUGUCAUCGGAAUUUGGGGACCCAUGUAUCCAAAAUACGAUCUUUAGUAUUAGAUUACUUUGAUGGAGAAGUAGAAGAGUUGCUUAACUUUGUUAACAACAAGAAUGUCAAUGCAAUUCUCGAGGCAAAUGUUCCUCCGGGGAUGAAACCUUCUCCCAAUUCCUCAGAUGAACAAAGACUCCGGUAUGUCAAGAUGAAGUAUGUUGAAAAGAAGUUCUUAUGUACUGCUAAUGAUGUUGAACCGCAUCAAGAGAUCACUGUUUCACUCAUUCGUCUGGUUCAACAAAUAAAUAUGUUCAAAGUCCUUCAGCUUUAUCUUAUGGGCGGAGAUAUCAAUGCCACGGUUCAAUUAUCUAAUCAUGAACAAGUCCCGUUGGUGGAAUACUCACUUCGGAAGUACAUUGAGGUGGAAGAUCCAACUACAAGAGCCUUAAAGAAAUUGUUUGUGGUCACUGAGUUCAUGGUUCUUAAUGGGUGCAAACUUGAUACCAUCAAGUCAUUCAAUCCAGCCCUUCAGCUUACACCUGAAGCAAAGACUUAUUUUAAGAAUAGAGCAGCCAAGUUGGGUUAUGUCGUAGCGAGUUAG